AUGAAGACUCUCGACAAAGAGACCAAUGACAAGCUCAACACCUGUGUCGCAAAGGUAUUUGCGGGCAAGUUCGCUCCAGACGCCACGGCUGAGGCACGCGGUGAGGUGAAGACGAUUCUUGCUGGGCACGCAGACAUCCUGAGACAGGUUGAUGCGUGA